AUGUCAGACGACUCGGUAUUGGAAGAACAGCUUGCCGAAAUGGUAGCCUUUGAAUUAGGCCUGGACACCCUAAAUUUUGAUUCCAAGUCUUGUCCCACAUCGUUGGGAAAUCCUUCACCAGUCGACUUUUAUUUACAAUAUUUGGGGUUAUAUUUGAUGAAAUCUGAUUUGAUCAAUGCAAGGUUUUUAUAUAAAAGAAUGCCGCUCAAAAUUAAGGAGAAUGAUUCGAUCAAGUGCUUGUGGGAUCUUGGUCGGUUCCUUGUGCGAAAUGAUGCGAAGUCUUUUUUCUCUCGAGCUUCACAAGUUCUGGCAGAUCCUAAACAGCCUGAUAUUCUCGUUCAAAUGGUCAAACAAAUUCGUGAUAGACAGCUCAGCUCAAUUACAGACCUUUUUUCUCGCGCAUACUCACACAUAUGUAUUGAUUUCUUAUGUAGUUACUUAAGUAUUUCUUCCCAAGAUGUGUUCGAACUGUUCUUAGGAAAAGGCUGGGAAGUCUGUCCAGACAGCCGUUUUAUAUUCCACUCCGGUGAACUUGCAUCAAACAAUGAUCAGGCAUUAUGUUCUGAGAAUGAAACAACGAAUAAUGACCUUAUGAGCAGGUUAUCUGAAUUGAUGUGUUUUAUGGAAAAUCAUUAA